CUUGACUUUCAGUGUAUGAGUUGCCCUGCCUCCUUUCCCAGCUCCCCUUGCCCUGCACUUAGUGAUUCUCUUAAUAACCGUAAAGGUGGCGUUGUCACGAUGUCACAGGAAGAUGAAGUGACGCAGCUGCGACAGAGGGUACGAGAGCUGGAGGAUAAAGUGCUUCGGCUUGAGGAACAGUGCAGAGGAGAGGCCCCACCUCAGGGGGUUGUGCAAGGGCCAAGCCACACAAAACAGAAACAGCGACUGCAGCGUGCCUUUGAUUUCUCUGCACACCCAAAGCAGCAUGUGGCCCUGCGAUUGGCCUACUUGGGCUGGGGUUACCAGGGAUUCGCUAGCCAAGAAAACACAAAGAAUACAGUGGAGGAGACUGUGUUUAAUGCGCUCAUCAAGACACGUUUGGUGGAAAGCAGGCAGACUUCCAACUAUCAUCGCUGCGGCAGAACGGACCGAGGAGUCAGUGCACUGGGACAGGUGAUCUCUCUUGAUCUGCGAUGCAGUGGCGAAGGCAAACCUGAGAUACGGUAUGUCCACAUCCUGAAUCGUGUGCUUCCACCAGAUAUCCGCGUGUUAAGCUGGGCCGCAGUGCCACCGUCAUUUAGCGCUCGCUUCAGCUGCCGCUCCCGCACUUAUCGAUACUUGUUUCCUUGUGCGCAACUCGACGUGGAAGCCAUGGACAAAGCUGCUCGGUUGCUGGAGGGAACCCAUGAUUUCCGAAACUUGUGCAAGAUGGAUGUCGCCAAUGGAGUCAUGAACUUUAUUCGUACUGUUCUUAGUGCCAGAGUAGAGCCUGUCCCUGAGAUUCCAGGGGACAUGGGGCCAUUUCAGCUCUACCGUUUGCAGAUCACAGGACUUGCCUUUCUCUACCAUCAAGUCAGGUGCAUCAUGGGAGUCUUGUUUCUUGUCGGCCAAGGGAAAGAGAAACCUGAAGUGAUCACAGAACUGCUGGAUGUGGCAAAGAACCCGCGCAAACCCCAAUACAAUAUGGCGGUGGAGUUUCCAUUGGUGCUGUACAACUGCCACUUUGAUGAUGUGCAGUGGGUAUCAGAGAAGGAAGCUCAGAGUCUGACUGUAUCUCACCUACAACGACUGUGGACACAAGAAGCGGUGAAGACUCAAAUACUGUUUAUGGCCAUCGGUGGCCUGGACUACAUACCCAUCUCCUUGGAAACAGGUCAGGAUCUUGUUCCAUGGAACCUAUGUAAGCCUACAGUUUGUGAUCUUAGUGGCGGCCUGGUCGAAGGAGUAAGCGCUCGCUCUUAUACCCCUCUUAUGAAGAGACAUCUCUGCCAAGGUCUGGAAGAGCGAGUGCAGCAUUACGUGAAGCGCGGAAGAAUUACAUUGCCCUCCGACAGAGACAGGCUGGAGGACAAGACACCCACCGAGAAGGGAGAAAAAGAGGUUGCUGAUAAUCAAGUACAAAACAAUGGACAAUUGCCACAUAGUAACACUCAGAGUAAAGGGGGAGUUAAACUGGAUCAGAGCCGUGAUUAUAACAAGGAAGGUGCAUUCAGCCAAACUUUGGAAAGGGGAGAAACAGUAUCAGAGAGUGAAAAUUGUGAUCCAACAACACAGGAGAAGCCAGCAAAGAGGCAGUGUCUCGGUACUGGGAACUGAUAUGUGAUGGCAUUUCUGUGGGUCAGAUAGGCCCAUGAAUUAAUUAUGCCUCAAAAUACAGAUCCCUGAUACGUCUUCAAAAUCAACUCACGAAUUGUGCCCACAGCCAAGUAGCAUGUCCUCUGUAAUGCACUGUUCUCACCAAUAACCAAAGACCCCCUGGGUGAAUCCCUCUUGAGACCAUGCAGAGCACUAAUGCUCUUAUCAAUGUACCCAUCAGGUAGAGCAAAUCACCAGCUAGUCACCAUCCAGUGCGACUUCCAAUACAAUGUAGUGUUCAGCCAGAGUGACAGGCAGAGAAUGGCACCCCCCUCAGAUCUCAGAUUACCCUGCCAACAAGGGCUGUUUCUCCUCAGUUAAUGAACGCUGCCAAGCAGUAUACUAUUGUGCCUCAUAUUUCCUUUCAUGCCAGUCUCUGCCGUGGCAUCUUUAAAUCGUUUCAUAUCACCCACACUUGUGUGCAGGGUUGUACACUCUUUAUUUUACAGCUCUUUUUUUUUAUUUCGAUAUAAUAAAAUUUUAUUAUAUUCUACAAA